GAAACCUCUUUUUCAGGUCUCAAGUGCGUGUGCCAGCUGUGCGAGCACACCAACUUCACCUGCCAGACGGAGGGUGCCUGCUGGGCUUCGGUGAUGCUGACCAACGGGCGGGAAGAGGUCAUCAAGUCCUGCGUCUCCCUCCCGGAGCUGAACGCACAGGUCUUCUGCCACAGUUCCAAGAACAUCACGAAGACCGAGUGCUGCUACACCGACUUCUGCAACAACAUCACCCUCCGCCUGCCUGUUGCAGCAGAGCCUCCCAGCAGAGCCGGCGCGGGAGCGGUGGUGCUGGCAGUGACGGUGGCGGUGCCGGUGUGUGUCCUGUCCCUGGCAGCCGUGCUGGUGGCGUGCAGCUGCCAGGGCCGGCGCUGCGCCCGCGGCAGGGCCAAGCAGCCCAACGUGGAGGAGCCCCUCUCUGAGUGCAACCUGGUGAGCUCCAGGAAGACACUGAAGGAUCUCAUCUACGACAUGACGACCUCUGGCUCUGGCUCUGGUUUACCUCUGCUUGUACAAAGAACAAUCGCAAGGACUAUUGUCCUGCAGGAAAUUGUAGGAAAAGGCCGAUUUGGUGAAGUCUGGCGUGGAAAAUGGUGUGGGGAAGAUGUAGCUGUGAAAAUCUUCUCCUCCAGAGAUGAACGGUCCUGGUUUCGGGAGGCAGAGAUUUAUCAGACAGUGAUGCUGAGACAUGAAAACAUCCUGGGCUUUAUUGCAGCAGAUAACAAGGAUAAUGGGACAUGGACUCAGCUCUGGCUUGUCUCCGAGUACCACGAGCAAGGGUCCCUCUUCGACUACCUGAACAGAGGCACGGUGGCGGUGGAGGGCAUGGUCAAGCUGGCGCUGUCUGUGGCCAGCGGCCUGGCGCACCUGCACAUGGAGAUCGUUGGCACGCAAGGCAAGCCGGCAAUUGCACACCGAGACCUGAAAUCUAAAAACAUCCUAGUGAAGAGGAACGAAAGCUGCGCCAUUGCGGACCUGGGCCUGGCAGUGAAGCAUGACUCGGUGCUGAACACCAUCGACAUUCCCCAGAACCCCAAGGUGGGGACGAGGAGGUACAUGGCGCCUGAGAUACUGGAUGAUGUGAUGAACAUGAGCAUCUUCGAGUCCUUCAAGCGUGCGGACAUGUACUCUCUGGGGCUAGUAUACUGGGAGAUAGCCCGAAGGUGCUCCGUUGGAGGAAUCACUGAGGAAUACCAGUUGCCUUACUACGACGUUGUGCCUUCCGAUCCUUCGAUAGAAGAUAUGAGAAGGGUAGUUUGUGAGCAGAAGCUGAGACCAAGUAUUCCAAACCAGUGGCAAAGCUGUGAGGCGCUGCGAGUGAUGGGCAGGAUAAUGCGUGAGUGCUGGUACGCCAACGGUGCCGCACGGCUCACUGCGCUGCGCGUCAAGAAGACGAUUUCACAGCUCUGUGUGCAGGAGGACUCCAAAGCCUGAGGGAGCUCCUUGGAGAAAGAAAGGGGAAUGAAUCCUUCUGUUCAUCUUUUAACAUGUGAUAAUUAUUUUUCUUUUUGGUCUACCUCAGAUAACGUGGUGUAAUAUUUAAGUGCCCAAACCAGAGCACUGGCAUCUCGCUUUGUAUCUGGAAGGGGCAGCUUUUGACUCAUAGUUCAUGUUUCCCGCAGCAUGUCAAUGACUUGCUUUGGUUUUCUGAAGCUAGUUAGGCACUAGGCUAAUCGCAGAAAGGAGCUUAGAACACCACAACAGCAUAAAAAUACCUUUCGCUGUUGGAAAUAGCUGGUAUUGGUUAAAGCCUGUUUGCAAGAGAAACCAAAGUUUUAUCCUCAAACCUGAGUAAAAGACCAAAUUUAAUCCAGCUUGUUCCAUACCUUUAUGCAGGAAUCUGAGAAAGGGUCUGCCAGUAAAAUGCAUUUUAAAAUACUAUAUUUAUCAUUGUCUAGGCAAAUAAAAAUGGUGAGAAUUCCACUAGGCGUGUAUAUUGCGAACAAAAGCAUCUAGUCAGGUUUUUAUUAAUUUUUAUUUUUAUCAUCUUGAUUUCAUAUACAGUAUUAUAGUUAGGGUUUGGAGUUACUUUACUGUGUUCAUUUGUUCAUUGAACAUAACGAUGAAGGGACAGUUUUUCUUUUUGAUGGUUAGUAGGGAAAAUAAUGGAGCUUUUCCUGAUAGAUACAUAGGAGAAAUUCUACCUAAAAUGAGAACGUAUGUAUUUUUGAAUGACAUCUUGCCAAUCUGUCACUGGGUCACAUCUUUUUAGUGCCUUUUGAUGUUUUAGGGGGAGGCUUUAACAGUAUUAAUUCUUGGAAAAUAUGUGAAACCCGGCAGAAGGGUUAAUUUCUCGCUGCAGUGACGUAUGGCGCAGCCCACCUCGCUGCGUCGGAGGGGUUUGGGGGUGCCCACACAAGCGAGGAGCACGGCUGGGCGGGCAGAGCUCCUGCUGAGGCGUGUGCUGGAGUGCUGCCCGGGCUUCGGGGGAUUCAUGUGCUUUCUACUGCCCUAGCUUUUGGCACUAGAUGUUUCAAACGUACCUGCGCUCUGGACUGGGAUCGCUGUUGCUGUUGUCUUGUCACAGCCUAGGGACCUGUUGAGAUGUAAAUUUGAAGCACUGAUGUCCCUGCACGAAGCCAAUACAACCUGUUCAGAGGUUUUGUAUGGAUUUCUGUACUAGCACCAGGCUGGUGAAAAGCAUUAACAUCUCUAAUCAUAUUUCCAUAAUAAUGCAAGCUAUCAAAAGCGAGGUGUUUUUUCAAAAUUCACUGAUGUUCUGACAUUUUAUGAAUUUUGCCCCACUCUGUGGUCCACACAUUUGAAUAUAGUAUUCUAAUAUUUUUAAUAGCCAAAACUAUACAUUUCAUAAUAAUACAGUUCUUUAAAUGCUUCUAAAUCCAGGUGGUCCAUGACGAUUGAGCCCAGAGAUGUUUCCAGAAUAGCAAAGCUUUGCAAAAAUUCAGUGUAGUACACACAGCUCUGUGGAAGUAAGCUGUGAGUUAAUUACAGUAUUUAAGAUCAAUCUUUGACAUGAAGCACCUUGAAUUGGGGAUUUUACAUGGAAGAAUGGGUUAAACUUUUACUGAAUGGGGCAGUUGGUAGUAUCAGUACUCUGUAUUUCAUCCUGACCAUGGACUUGAGGAUGUUAUGGACUCCUUAAGGAUGCUAAUUGCCCCGUAAAUCAGCUCUAGUGCAAUUUGCCUGUUUGCGUAAAUUUUAGUCACUCAUGCUUAUGUUAAGUAGUGCAAGUCUUUGCAUGGUCUGUUAGCUGAGUGGUGGAGAAUAUUUCUACUAGGUUACUAGUAGGUUUUUCUCCAGUAUGCUUUCUGAGAUAUAAUCAAAGCAGUCUUAUAGAUUAAUUCUUAUGUGCUUCAGCUGCAUAAACUACACCAGGGAGCUCAACAGACAUAUACUUUCUAGACUGCUUGAGGGGUAACUGUUGCAACUGCAUGAUCCAAGGCGUGAUGCUGACUUGAGUAUCAAAAGAAUUGCAAACAUAAGAUCCAGUAUUUAUUCUUGUAAAACAUAACUUGAAAAAGCCCCUUAUGUUAAAAAGGAGUGAUCAAAGAUUUUAGUAUUUUUUUAAGUGGGAAAAGGAAAUGUCUUACCCAUCGAAAUCAACUCUUCUUGGAUUCUUUGCAGAAUAAGGUGUCUGAAAUCAAUGAUAGUAGAGUAAAAGUAAUUUGAAAUAGGAUUAGAAUGGUUUCUUCGGAACUGUUUAAACAGUGCAGGUGAAGUGAACUUUUCAGAAUUGCUUUAGCAUCGGGCAGGUGCCCAAAAGGAAACGGUCCGUCUUUCUAGAACUCCUGGCACUUACAGAUGCAGUUAGCUCCUCUCCUGAGAAAAAAAGAAUCAAGUUAUUGUGAACAGCCAGAGUAGUGCAUUAAAAUAUGCAUUAAACCCAGUCAUUUGGAGCAGUUAACAACAAGGAGGACAUAUUGGAGAGUGAAGCCUGUGGAAGUGAUGGUCUUGUCUACAAGGUGACCUGCCAGUGUGGGGUACCUGUGAUCAGCUUCAUGAGGGGGAGUGAUCAGAAUUCUCCCUAGGGAUCUUCCUUCCAUUUUAAGUUCAGUUCUAUGCACUUUUUAUCUAUAUUGCCCUUUGAAGGUAUCUAUGCCCUUGAAGCAUACAUGAUAACUGUUCCAGGGGAUUCUUCCCCUGUGAAUUGUGUUGCACAGUGGAGGAAUUUGGUAUCUGUGCAGAAGCUACUCUGGGUCAGGAACCAUGCUAAAGUCACGCUGUGAAAUUAAAAAAAUGCGGAUUUUUUGGUGAGGUGCUGUCAGGGUAGAGCUAGGAAAUGUUUACAGGAGGGUUUACUGAGUAAACUGUGGCAGUGACGUGACGAUCAGGGAUGUAGUGCCCGCCGCUGGCUGCGGAUCCAGUGCUGCCCCCGCUGCGCUCAGGUGUUCCUUGAAGCCCUGCUCCACGCGCCAAGGUGCGGUCUUGUGCCUGUUGUGUCUACUGAAAUAACUGUGGUCCUCGCCUUUGCAAGGCUCAUGGAGCUGUUACAGUGGCCUCAUGCUGCAGCAUGCCCCAUUUUUAUUUACACCAUGGUGUAAUGAAAUGGAGUGGGAUGUGCAGGGGGAGCUCACUGGCGCAAGCCUGCGUUCCUCUGCGGCUUUUUGGCAGUCAGCCCUGGGGUACGGCCUGCUCCACUUGCUUUUUGUGGUGUAAUCUUGCUUCAGACACCAGCAUAACCACCAUCAGUAACUUUUUUAGUGUGGGUUGGGUUUUUUUCAUUGUAAAAUUUUGUAAAAGUUGCUCUUUCCUAUCUGUUUGGUCGAUCUUAUGUGGUGGUGGGUAUUUAGGCUCUGUUUUUUUCAGUUUUUCUCUCUGAAAAUCGUUGAACAAUGCUGGAAUUUGAAGACGACCCUGUUUUGCUGCCAGGCUGGGGAGGUGUGCGAGGGGGGAUGCUCUGCACAGGCAGACGCUGGUCUGACUUGGCUGCACCUCUCACAGGUCACAGCUCCAGCCCUGGGAACACUUUAAAUCUUUUCUGUGCAUGUCUCAUGGCAUAAGACGUGACCAUCUGUUUGCCCUAGCUUGUUGCUUAGCUCCGUAUUUUUGCACUGGUUUUCUUUUUUCUUUGGUUGUUGAGAGGUAAAUGUACAUUUUGGCAAACUAGAGUUAAACAUAACUGAGCCAAGGGGCGGGUGUUGUACUGGGCUUUAAGGUGUUUGUAAACCGUGCACUCCUUUUAAGAAAAACCCAAACACCCUUGUUUUAGUGGCCUUUUCCCCCAGCGUAGAUUUGUCCUGUUAAAGAUUCAGAACAGUGGUUAUGCUGAGACACUUUGCAGUUUUAGGGAGGCUUAAAUUUCUUGAGAGAGGUUACUAAUGUUCCUGCUAAUCUUCAUUUAAAGCACAAAUUCUUGAGCUUGUAAAAGUUUUCAAGCUCAAGGAUGCUCAAGACCAGUCACCACAAUUAGCCUCUCCUACUUGAUGCUUCUGGUUUAGGGGAGUUACUAAUUUUUUUGAUUUGCUUCUAAUAAUGGUCUAAAAUUUAAUGCAUGGAAUAUGAACUGAAAGGGAAAGUUGAUUAACGUUUUCUCUAGCACGUAAUUAUUUUUUUGUUUCCUUAACUGCUCCCCUGAAAGACCCCUUGAGAAAUUAAAACUGUAAUCUCAUUUGCACUUCGCUACUUUUACAGUAAUUUGCACUUAACCAUGACCAUUCCCUCAUGUAACCCUGUAAUGAAUCCUGUAAUAUUUUAGUCACCAUUAUGUCACUUUUUUUUUUUUGGUAAUAGAUUCAGGAAUUACAAAUAAGUCUGUUUAGAAAGACGUCUAGUCCCUACAGUGGCUCUUAACAUGGAAUGGAGCAAGAUCUUCUUGCAGUUCCUGUGUGCCUGGAUCUCCUGUGGCAGUUGAUGGGCUCAGGGGUGACCCCAGCACAUCCUCGCUAAUGGGAAGGCAGUUUUUGUGUUUCAUUGUUGUGGUUGAGGAUGGUGUCUUGUGAACUGCCUCACCUGCUACGUGGUCACAUUUAGCACCAGGACUUUUGUCUGUGGCAGGUAGUGCUUCUGCAGGGCUCCCACCCGUGCAGUGGGUUUUGUUGUGAGGACGGGUGGGAAGAUGCUCUGUCGUGUUGUGUGUGGGAUGCAGAUAUGGAUGCACCAGUGCUUUCCUGUUUGUUGUGCGUGUUGAUAAAGGUUCCGGAUCAAAAAAUUCCUACUGUGGUUUAGUGUCGGUUUUGUAAAGCUGUCCGUGGCCUGGGGGUAGAGCCCUGUGCCACCGUGCAUGGGUGUCAGUCUCCUCCUGCGAGUCGGGAUGCUGUGAGCUCGGGCAGUGCACGCAGUGUAUCUGCGGUUCCGAACACUGUGGCAGGGAUCAUCCCUACGUGCUGUGAUACCCCAGACUCUGUGAAGCUUUUAGGGAAUGACGUCCGUGUUCUCUUUUAACAGGCAGCACAAUUUAUGAAUGUACGAGAAAUAAGCGUUGAGGUACGAUAUAUUUCUACAGAAUGUAAGAAAUGUGCAAUAAGUCAUAACUUAUACUGAAUGUAUUUUUGGCAUGAAUAGACUGAAUGUAUUUUGAAUGUAGCUAUUACCUUUGUGUCUAAAUUGCUGUGGUUUUCAGUCCCCAAAGAUAAAUGUGUAGUGUUUUGUCAAACCAGUUUGAGUUGUCUGUUUUUUAAAGAAGCAUCAGUAUUUUAUCCAGAAGUACUGCUAUGUGUUAGAACUUAGUAUAGCAGUACAACGCUAAAAUUCUACCUUCAUAUUGUGAAACACCUAAUCUAGUGUACACUGCAAGUUAUUUUUAGAAUUAUUGCUAAAGUUAUCUCUUGAUACUGCAGCUGCCCUGGGUGUAAAUAGUUUGUUUAAAUGUUGUAUUUUGUAUGCAUAUUUUACAUACCAGUAUACUUUCAGAAAGAGGUGGCAAUUUUAAUAAAUUAAGCACACUCUGCCAUUGUGUUCUUUUGAAGUGUAAAACUAUAUAUACUUUUUAAUGUGUUCAUUUUGUGCGGGGAAGAAGGGUGAGGGCUGUUUUGGGCAGCUUGUAGCCAUUGGAGGUUUCAAACACGAGCCAGAGCUCUCCCAGCAGCGCGUGCCCCCAGCCCCUUGCCCAGCUGCGGGCGCACUGGGCAGGGGGUGCUGCCUCCGAGCCUGGGGCUCUCAGGUCUCGGCCGAGACUGGGAAGGGGCAAGUGCCUGCUGGCCACCACUUCCUCGGCUUGCUGUCGCUGCUCCCAGCCAGUGUGCUGCAAAUCGGGGAGUAAGUGGUGCCUGGAGGGGCAGCCAGCGCAGCAGCGAUGGUGCAUGGGCUCUGCCUUGCUGUUCCUCCUUGCUCGUGCUCCUCCUGGUGUACAGCGGACAUGGUAGUGCACAAAAAACCCAGCUUCUGGGUAUGGCUACGAGGGACCCUUAUUCUAGUAAAGGAGAUGAACUGCUAGUAGGCACCGGAGCUGAAGCAGAGCAUUCCUCGCACCCUCGUGCCUCCCUGUCUGGGAAACAGCAGCUCCUCUCCCAUGCUGGGAGCAACCUUCCUCAGGUAAGGGCGUCAGCCGCAGGGAACGGAGCCUGUUCUUGGCCUUGUUGCAUUGCUCCUGCACCUCUGCUGAUGUGAACUCUGACUGAGCUCCCUCUCGUACCAGCGUCCCUGCAUCCCACUCUUCCAGUUAUUUAGGUUUGCAGUGGUGUAGCUCUGAGCAAGACCCACUCACAUGGAGUGCUUCAAUUCUGAAGUCUGCUUGCUUGACAAGGCCUUUGACGUAACCACAACCUCGGGAUUUAAGUCAGGCUUUGUUCCAGUUUAAGGCAUGUCAAAACUAAAUCCACCACGCUGCUGCCCAAGGGUACCAAGACUUCCAUGGCUUUUGAA